GUGGGAAGGAAAAGGCGAUGUGCAGUGCAAGCGUGGUCGUCUUUAUCGUGGAUGGGGUGAACUUUGCCCUUGGCCCUCUAUUGGUGUGCUUUGGGCUAUCGCUCCUGACGUUCCUUGUGGCGUGCUUCUACCUGUGUAUCCUACCACUCGUAACGACUUGGCCAUGGUCAUUGGGUUGCAUGGGGGCGUACCUGUUCCUCCAAGUGGGCCUGCAUUACAUCCUCUGCAUAUCCACCGACCCUGGUCGACUCACUCGUGGCCACCCACUCAGUGAGAGUGACGAAGGCUUCGACGACCAAAGUCGAACGGAUCUUCCUGUGUGCCAGUAUUGUGACGUGGCCAAGCCACCACGCACGCACCAUUGCCAUUCGUGCGGCACCUGUGUACUUGACAUGGAUCACCAUUGCGUGUGGAUGCACAACUGCAUUGGGCACUUCAACUACCGUUACUACUGGCGUUUCCUUCUCUUCACAUGGCUCGCAUGUGCCUUCGUCGCGGCUGCCUCGCAUCAUUCCAUUCAAGCGAUGGCAGAUGGAGACAGCGAGCCUUCUUAUUUCAAAGCGUGCGUGCGGUUGCCCUACGUCCUCUGCCUGUGCAUUGGACUGGUCGUGUUUGGAUUGUGGCUGUGGCAUGUGUACACCGUUCUCGCAGGCGUGACCACGUUGGAAGCAGUCAUCUUAUAUCGGCAAGGGUUACUGUACCAUCAUUACAGUCCAAUUUGACCGUCUCAUGUAGUAACAAGCAAAAGUCCAAGCCGUUGACGUGGGCCACCAUGCAACACAACGUGCAUCGAACGAUCGGCCCUAUGUGGACCACAGUUCUCCCUCCCUUUACGAACCCGUUCCCUUGGACAACUAAUCGACCAAGGAUAUGGUCAAGGGGGCUGGUAGAGCGUAAUUCCGUCGUCUAAGUAGUCAACUUGAAUGCGCUCGAAAGGUC